GUGAAAUACGACAAAUUGAAAAUUACUUCGGGUCGUGGUUCUAGUAUUCAUUUACUUCGGUGUAAAGUCAGGAUGCCUUUAAAACUCCUGGGGAUAUAUUUAUAUAUUCAUACGAUUAUCCAGUCGGAAGGCGAGCGGUGGUACUAAUGUGUUAAAUCCAAAUUAUUUCAAUUACAAAUUGUAUCACCAUCAACAACAUGGUGUAAGUGACAGAGGGAAUAUAUUAUAUCUAUAAAUUCUUGGAUCAAAAUCAAACUUGGAUUUUAUCAAAGACUGAGGUCUCUUGACUAGAAUACCAUGGUGCUGGCAAACAGAAUGAAACCGCUUCAGCUGGCCCCGCUCGGGGCUCCUGAUCCCGAUCCGGGGUCACAUGACAUGCGCGAUAUUGACCAGCGGUCACGUGACGAUCUGCGCAUGAGCGCGAUUUCAAACACGCUCUCCAAAAUGGAGGACAGUGAACAUCAGUUCUAUUCCAAAGACAUAGCAAACACGAUGGAUCCACAUCUUCCGUUUUCUACCCCACGAUCUUCUUCCAGACCUUGCUCACAAAGGUCUAGGUCUUCAGUGACUGUUCCCACCGUGUUAAACCACACGAUCCCCUUUACUCAUAAAAAUAGUGCAAUAUCAACGAAUUAUGCUAGUCCUCGACAGUUUGCCCUGUCAGCCACAGUCGUGAAACGUUCUAAUGGGACAGAUUUUGUAAAACAAUUACGUCAGCAGACAGUGCCUUCGAUAAAACUACGAGAUAUCGCGGAGAGUUCGUUGUCUUCUUUCGACUAUGACGAGAAUGAAGAAGAGCCGCUGGAAUUGGUGAAGUUUGCAAAAAAGCGCCAGCGGUAUGUUAUCGAAACAGACGACAUUUACGUGCGCGCAUGCGCAUUCAUGGGUAUUACGGCAUCACAGACGUACGUGAAACAGGUGACGACGACACAUGCUGUCUCCAUGGCAAAUACGUCACUAAGCCACGUGACAAUCAAACCAAUUGCAAUAUCGUUAGUGCGUGAUCAUGUGAUCCAUACGCUUGACGUUUCCGGUAACGACAUCGGGGCGCUUGGUGUGAUCUAUAUCGCACAAAUGCUUGCCGUAAACGACACUAUUAUAGAACUGAACCUAUCCAGUACGAUGCCUGGUCGGGCGGGGCUAGAGGAGUUAGCGAAACAGAUCAUCAAUAACAAGUCUCUGACUAUAUUGAGGCUCGAGAGCAACUGCUUAGACCACACCGAAACUGACGUUUUAAUUAAUCUUAUGAGGAACGGUCCUGACAUUGAAUCCAUAUUUCUUGGUCACAACAACCUCGGGUAUGAUGGUGGAAAGCUCCUGGCCAAAGAACUGGAGACUAACACGACUUUGCGGACGCUGGACCUCCAGUGGAACCAUUUCCGGAAACAGAGUGCUGGACACCUGUGUAACGCCAUUAAGUCAAACAAGGGGCUUCGCCACCUAAAUCUCAGUUGGAACGGUCUUGGUAAGGAGGGUUGUAUCGCCAUGGCAAAGUCGCUACCAGGCAACAAGAGCCUCCAGCAUCUAGAUCUCACCAACAACCGAAUAGAUGUGGUCGCCCUCCCCUUCCUGCUGCAUGGAUUAGUCCGAAAUAAGGGAAUUGAAUCAUUACAUCUCGCGAAGAACCCCAUGACGACAACGGGAGCCAAGGCGGUGGUGAAGGCCGUCACGGGAGCGGCUAAUAUGCGCAUCAAGUACUUGAACAUUGAGGACAUUCCAGUGGACAAAGAGUUCACCGACCUUGUCCGAACUAUGCGGGAGAAAAAGUCAAUCGACAUAGACCAUGGUCCGGAGAUGUAUAGCGCCGUGGAACUGGUCAUGAAAGAACAUGACCCGCAUGACCUUAACAGGUUUGAUCCCGUGAUGGUACUGAUGGAGUACAUUCGGAUAGACAACCUUCGUCUGAUCGACUUGUUCCAGUUUAUGGACACAGGGGGACGCGGUCUUGUCAGCAAAGACGACCUUAGAGUUGGAAUUUCUACGUUGCAGUUACCACUAACGGAGUACCAUCUUGACUGUAUAAUGAAGGAUAUCGACAAGAAACGGGAUGGUUACAUCGACUUAGAAGAGUUCAUGAACGCCCAUAGAGACAUGUCCAAGACCAUCAUUCAGAGGACCACGAGAGCCAAGUCGAAAGGCAAGCAGGAUUUGGGACUGAAAGAACUCAAGCAAAUCCUCAAAGAGCUCGUGGAAAAGAGAAACAAAAAGAACAAAGAGAAGGCUAGUAGUCGUGUGAAAUCUGCCGCCCUUGCCCGUGCAAACUCCGCUUCCUCUAACAAAUCAUCCGCACCUGGUCGACAGAGGGUUCGCACCAAAAAGGCAUCAUUGACAGUCACUAAACCUAGCUAUGCAUCCACGAAAAAGUCACGAAAAUAACUUCACGUUUUGUGUAUAUUUUUGUUUUAUUCACAUUAUAUCAUAAUCGUUCACUGGCGAAAGAGAGUUGAAACUAACAAAUCAGCACCCGAUCUUUGACAGUCACCAAGCCUAGCUUGUCCUUUCGAGAAAAUGCCAGGAAAUCGAGUCACGUGUUAUUGUAUGUAUUUGUUUGUAUCCUAACAUAAAUAACACUGGAACAAUCCCCUAUUAUAUUCGUACCUCCGGCCGCCACAGAGUUCCGGCUGUCGACAAGUCUAGCUGCUCAUCCCAGGGAAAGACUAUCAAAUAAUAGUUUCACAUGGUGUUUUCAUGUCGCACACUCAAAUAAAUCACUUGAAUAUUAUUCUACAACACUCCGUCAGUCGGCCGUGAGCGAUUUUGUAUCAAGAAACGGAAAUGAAAAGAUCCAAGUGCACUGUGACAGCCAAGCUAAUCCCCUAGAACACACCCUACAAAUAACACAUAUCACAUCUUGUCUACAUAAACUACUGAACUUUUGCUACGGAUCACCUGUUUUCUUUUUAGACUUUCAAAUAUAUGACUUUAAUAUUGAAACACAAACAAAUAACUUAUCCGAUAUCAACAGAAUCCAGACAUGCAUUGAUAGACAAAAUAUGCAUUUGUUGAAAAAAUCACAAUGAUGUGAACUGACGUCGAAAUAUUCUGACAGAUUUCUUUUUGUUUUAAACCGUUCAUCAGGAGUGGUAUUCAAUAUGCAAAUUAAGUCAGUCUUACAGGCAUCCAUCAUUGACUUCAAUCACUCAAAUGGUCAGUUAUUUAUAACAAGUAAUCCGAUUAGCUACAUCGUUCUUAGAUCCAGUUAAGACCAUUAUUGAAUACCAGCCCAGAUAAAACUGUGGCUGAAAAUAACGCUUAACAGGGCUUAACGGUACGUUUACGUUUGGCGCACAUGAGAAUUGGCUUUAUCAACUCGAAAAUAUAUAUCUGCGAUUUUCAAGAACCUUAUAAUUCCGUAACAACCAAUUUUGAAUGGACAAAUAUACAUCAUAUCUACAUAACCAGUCCAUGUUUUCUCCAAAUUUAAAUGCAUAUAUAGGAGCCUGUAAGUAUCAACCUAAGGUGAUCCUUGGCAAGAUGUGCGUAGUUUAUAUUCAGUGUGUUUGUGUGUGAACAAUACCAGUCCACUGGCCCAUAUCCUCUAACAAAUCGUUAGUGCCGUCAUUGUGUUUCAUGUUUCGUUUUUCAGAGAGACCAAGAAUGCAUCGUUGAAGUCACUCGGCGAUACACACAUAUCAUAGAGGUCACAAUAAUCACGAAACUAUUGUACACAACUUCGGUUCACUGGAAUUAGCUGACACAUAUUUACAUAUACCUUAAAGGGGCACCAUAUAGAUUAACCUUGAUAGAUGCAAAUAAUAUGUUGUUUUUACUGUUUAAGGCAUCAUUAUUUGACUUAAAUAAUCAAAACAAACAGAAACAUAUAUAUUGUGUACAUAUAAAACAAAUAUAAUGACAUUUUGGAGAUUUUUAACUACGGAAUUAGUGGCCACGUAGCUAUUAAUUGAAAACCAAAUUUACGAAAGUUUCUUUUUUACUAUACACAAAUCAUUUGCUUUUUGGUAUUGAUCAUUUAGGCCAAAUGAGAACAACAUAAAAAUAAAAAAUUAAAAAAAGAAAUGCAUGUGUCAAGAAUAAACCUAUAGUGUGCCCUUUAACAAUCAUUUCGCUGCCUUUCAUCACAUGACUUAAAGCUGCACUCUCACAGAUAUACCAUUUUUACUUUUUUUUUGUCUUGGAAUUUCUGCAAACCAAUGAUUUAAGAUUGCUGACAAAAAAUCAGAUCGUAGAUUUUCAUAUGGCCGUUCGAAAUUUAAUGUUUUAUGGCAUUUAUAUGCAUAAAACAUCAUUUUUGAACUUAAAGGCCUAGUCUAAGCCUUAUAUAAGUGACCCCCCCCCCAACCCUAAAUGGCCCUGAGCCAAUAAACGAAUACACAUGAAAUCGGCCCCUACUGUGAACCAGUGCAAUAAGCAGGAGAUUCACAGCAGGGGAUUUUCGUGCCAAACAUUCCUUAAACUAGGCCUUUAAAUAUAAAAAUCUGCGAUCUAUUGUUUUGGCAGCAGUCUUAUAUAUCUGGUUUCCAUGGAUUUCGCAAAAAUUGGCUCGUUCCAAGACAAAAAAAUAGAACAGUUUUCAAGACGUUCAAUCUGUGAGAGGGUAGCUUUAACAGUGUUCGUCCUUUGUAACUAUUGAUGCACGCCAUGUAUACCCUUAUACAAUUAUUAAUGGUUUAACCGCCAAAUUUAUACUAUAACAUCAGUUGCACUGCUGUUUUUUAUCAUUUAAACUACUUACCAUCAUGU